CGUGGUUUUCUCGAGACUUCUUGAAGAUGCUGGCCGGCGAAUAUUACGGGCGAGCGGCUUUGGUGCUGAUCGUGGGCCUGCUGAUAGUGGAAUGCCAAUACUCAGGGGGCGCCGAAAUAAAACCUGCCAGCAAUUCCUCGUUGUCAUCUAGGAGUCAAUAUCCUCGAAAUGGCACAGGAGUCCUCGUCGACGAAGACGAGGUCGAUGACUUCGUGCCUUUCCAAGGGGAGCGCUUCAACAUCUUUGACUGGAACCUUUGCAAAAGCAUCUCGAAGAGCCAUCCUGGGAACGUUUUGAUUUCUCCGAUAUCCAUUAAAUUAGCAUUGGUGCUUCUUUACGAAGGAGCGCAGGAUCAGACAGCUUACGAGCUGGCUGGAGUGAUGCAGCUUCCGGUUGGUCGUCCUGCCACUCGGGAUCGAUUUUCCCAAAUUUUAAAAUCCCUCAAGACCACGAGUCCGGAAUACACGCUAAACAUUGCUACACGUAUUUACGUCGACUCGACCAUAUCGUUGAGACAGCGAUAUGGGGCGAUAAUAAAAUCCUUUUACGACGCCGACGUACUGAGUGCGAAUUUUUCGAAUGCACAUGUCGCCGCCGGGGAUAUCAAUCGAUGGGUCAGUAAUGUCACCCAGGGUAAUAUUGGCAAGAUGAUCGAAGAUGAAACCAGACUUGCGGAUGAAGUCAUGGUGGUGGCGAAUGCCCUGUUCUUCAAAGGAUCGUGGCACCGCAAUCCAUUUUCCAUAAGCAAUACAAAAGCGGGAACAUUUUAUAAACCUGACGGCAACGUCCAAGUGCCAUACAUGAACGCCAUUGGUCGAUUUUAUUAUUCGGAAGCUCCCGAAUUGGACGCAAAAAUCCUUCGACUUCCAUAUCAGGGCCAUAAGUACGCGAUGUUCAUAGUUCUUCCUCGCACAAGGUCGGGAUUGGGUUCGCUCCUCAGGGACAUCAAUCCUUUCAUUUUAACGAGACAUGUAUGGCUGAUGCAAGAUACACCCGUGGACGUCUCCAUACCGAAAUUCAAGUUUGAAUUUACUAGCCAACUGGAGACCAUUCUUCGUGAGUUAGGUAUCCGGGAAAUUUUCGACGACACUGCCACUCUGACUGGCAUAGCUCGCAGCAAAAGGACCUCCAGGCACCUGGUAGUGUCAGAAAUAAUACAAAAAGCCGGCAUCGAGAUCAACGAACAGGGAACUUCCGCAUUCGCCGCGACAGACGUGCACCUGGGUAACAAAAUGGCCGAGCAGACGUUCUAUGCAGACCACCCCUUCGUGUUCUUCAUCGAGGACGAGUCGACGGGCACCAUCGUCUUCGUGGGCAAGGUGACGAAUCCCCUUGAAGGUACUGGUCGCGUCGAGUCCAUUCCUCCUACGGACUUUCCAUCGCGAUUCGGCCAAGAAGUGCCCAACGAAUCCCCGACAGGCGUUGCAUCCAGUAAUGCGGUGGAGCGAUACAACUUCUUCAGCAUCGAGCUACUGCAGACGAUUAACCAGGAACGAGAAGGAAACGUUGUGCUGGCUCCUGCCAGUGUUAAGGCUGCAUUGACGACCCUGGUGGAGGGAACUCGAGGACGAACGCAAGAGGAACUCGUUUCUACUUUAAGACUGCCUUAUGACGUCACUAAAAUUAGAGAACUUGCGAAACGUACCCUUGCCCCUUUCAAGGAUGUGCGAUCCGGAACGGUGAUAGAGCUCGCCACUCGCUUGUGGACAGCACAAGGGGUUCAAGUGAAGCCGGAAUACAUAAAUGCAUUGCAGCAGUAUUACGGUGGAGAUGUCCAGUCGGUCGAUUUCGCAAAUGCCGCCAUUUCGGCAAAUACGAUAAACAACUGGGUGGACGGAGCGACUCAUGGGAACAUCAAAUCGCUCGUGGAACCUGGAAGUCUCCCUUCCGACACACAGAUGCUGCUGACGACGACGUUGUACUUCAAGGGCUCCUGGGCGAAAUCCUUUAAUGGUAAAUACACCCGACAGUUGUGCUUCAAUGUGCCUAAUCGAGGAUGCACCCAGGCAUACAUGAUGGAGAGUAUCUCAAAGUACCGAUAUGCAUACGUCCCUUCUUUGGAUGCUGAUGUCAUCGAGAUCCCCUAUUCGGACAACAGGAUGUCCAUGUUGAUUCUGCUCCCUAGUGCUGAGAAGGGAGAAACUGCCCUGAAGACCCUCUCAAAGGAUCUCUCUUAUACGCCUAUCUCCACUUUGCUGGGAACUCUUCGUGACACCGAGAUUUUGCUGCUGCUCCCCAGAUUCGCCAUCGAAAGCAAGCUCGACUUGCGUCCUUCUCUCGAGCGUCUGGGCAUCAAGGACCUGUUCGACGUGAAAUCAAACCUAUCUGGAAUCCUGACGAAGGGAUCAGCGCGAAUCGGUAGUGUGAUUCACAACGCCAAAAUCGUCGUCGACGAGACCGGAACCGUUGCUGCCGCUGUAACAGGAAUUUCAGUAGUGCCUCUGAUGGGUUCCACUCUUCAAACCAUUCGAGUCGACCGACCAUUUAUCUUCGCUCUGGUAGAUUUGUGGACCAACAGCAUCUUAUUUGCCGGAAGGGUUGUUGAUCCCACGGCGAGCCUCGCAAGGUCUUCGACAAGACCAUAAAGUACUGGAGAGAGAUAUACUUAACGUUCUAAUCUAAAUAGCCGAUAAAAAUAUAGGAGUCAAGCUCAACAACCGAGUGAAAAUGAACGACUCGGAGGUUUAAAUAGACAGAUCCAAUUGAUGCUUGUCGGAGGAGGCAAGAUGAAAGAAAACGCCCUCCUGCUACGAGACAUCCGUCUGCCUCUCACGUUUGCCGCCUCCGUCCAGAAAGUACAGGGAAUGUUCUUCCUAUAUAUUGAACGAAUUGCGGACUCCCGUCGAUUCUGUGAUCGUACUUCUGCAUUUUUGUAUUAUUUAACGUGUACUGCUCAGCCUGCGAAUAAAGCAUGCUUUUUCUGAUAACAA